AUGACUGAAGAAGAACACAACUUUGAGGUUGCCGACGCUGGCUCCUCUUUGACAUACCCUCUGCAGUGUUCCGCCUUGAGAAAGGGCGGUUUCGUUGUUAUCAAGGGCAGACCAUGCAAGGUUGUUGGCAUGUCUACCUCUAAAACUGGUAAGCAUGGUCACGCUAAGGUCCAUUUGGUUGGUUUAGAUAUUUUCACUCAAAGAAAGUACGAGGAUUUGUCUCCAUCUACUCAUAACGUUGAGGUUCCUUUCGUUAAGAGAACCGAACUUGAGUUGUUAGACAUCGAUGAUGGUUACUUGAACAUGAUGACUGACUCUGGUGAGACUAAGCAAGAUGUUAAGGCCCCGGAGGGAGAUUUGGGAGACAAACUACAGGCCGACUUUGAUGAUGGUAAGGAAAUUGUCGUUACCAUUGUCUCUGCUCUGGACGAGGAGGCUUGCAUCUCCUACAGAGAAGCUCCUUCCUCUUAA